AUGUUGAAGUUACCUACCUAUGUAGAUGUGUUGGAGAGGGCCGUCAUAACGGAAGGGAACAUUGCUGCCCAAAACCGUAUUUCUGAAUGGAAAGGGAAAAGACAAAACAGUCAAUGGUUUAAGGGGUCAACUACUCCACCAAACAAGAAACAAAACUCAGGGACUGCAACGGCUUCUACCCCUAGUCAGGGUUCAAUCCUCGUAUGUUCGGAGUGUGGAAAGAGGCAUCGUGGAACAUGCUAUCGGGGGUCUAGAGCCUGUUUCCAUUGUGGAAAAAUGGGCCACGUGAUAAGGGAUUGUCCUCAAAGGAAACAACAACAAAAUGGCAACAGGGCUGCUACCAGUUCAGCGAGGUUUACACCAACUACCAACAACAAGGUACCGGUCAAACCGACAAACAAUAAGGACACCGCGAGACAAAGCAGAGUGUUCACAUUAGUUCCGGGAGAUGUGCAAAAUGCGGCAACGGUAGUGUCAUGUACAUUUAUGGUUCACGGUCAUUCUGCUUGUGUAUUGUUUCAUUCUGGCUCUACCCAUUCUUUUGUGUCAAAACUAUUUGCUCCUAAUUUAGAUAAACUUGAAGAAGUCUUAUCUUAUAUGUUAUAUGUGUCCUCACCUUUGGGGGAUUCCAUGAUUUGUACUUCCAUAUAUACUGCUUGUGAACUUCACCUUGGGGAUAUUCAGGUAUACGUUAACCUGUUACCUCUCGACAUGACGUAUUUCGAUAUUGUUCUGGGAAUGGAUUGGUUGGGUGAAUAUGGUGCAACUAUAGAUUGUCUGACUAAGCAAAUUAGUUUCCACCCUUCGGGUCAAUCAGGGUCUAUGUUUCAGGGACAAGAAGUGACUUCUCUACCUUAUUUGAUCUCGGCAGUGAAGGCUUCUUUUAUGGAUUUGAUGAACCGCGUCUUUAAGCCUUUUUUGGAUGAAUUUGUGGUGGUUUUUAUUGAUGAUAUCCUCAUUUAUUCAAAGACUGCGGAAGCUUACGAGAAUCAUCUUCGCUUGAUCCUUCAAACCCUCCGGGAAAAGAAACU